ACAAAACGGAUUUUUUAGCCGAACAACAGCGUAUUCGUAGUACUCGCGCCAUAUUGGCUAAGAAAAUCAAGGAGUACACAGCUGCAGUACACUCUACCGAAAAUCUGUUAACAAAGGUAGAUUAUAAUGACUUCGAGACAAGGAUAGAGCUUAUCAAUACCCUUAGAAGCACUCGGAUUAUCUUAGAGAAAACAACAAAAGAGCAACGACAACUGGAAGUGGAAUAUAACGAGUUUCAAAAAAAGAAGUAUGCAAGUAGGAAGAGGGAGAAAAAGGCUGCUAAACGGCUCCAAGAUAGCGAAGCAGCAGAACAUGUAGAAGAUUUCAAUGAGGAAAAAGCAUCAUCUCCGGAAGAGCUUUUUGACAACAUUAUCAAGGAGGAGCCAAAGUGA